AAUGACUAAGUAUUUUUACGACUACCCGUAAAUGAAAUACUAGAUGUAUUUUAUCUUUGAAAAAACACUCGCCAUUGAAAUUAUAAGCAGUUGAUAUAACUUUUAUUAGAAUAAGUGGUGUUUGAAAAGUUAUAUUGUAAUUACACUCUAUUCAAUCCAUAAAUACGACACACUCUCGACACUUCAACAAAAUAUGGAUACGAUUAACUGGAAGAAUGCUUUGUUCAUAGGCGGUACAUUUUUAUGUGGAUUGGCGUACAAAUUUUUGAUAUACAGACAAGACGAAGCGUUAGACCCCAGCAUCAACGAAGUGUUAUUCUACGGCGCUAAAGAGGAAAACAAGAGAAAAGAGAUCGGGCUGGACAAUCUGUUUUGUAUAUAUUACAUCAUAGCCCACGCAUCCCGAACAGUAGACGUUUGUGUGCCAAAACUCGAAAGCGAAACCAUUACCAAGUGUCUCAUAAGUGUCCAUCAGAAAAAUAAAACGAGAAUAAGAGUAGCAGUGCACAAAAGUGAACAGACAGACAACUUAACAUCAUUGUCGGAACAGGGCAUCGAAGUUAAAGUUGUCAAGUCAACUGAACCUAUAGAACACGAAUUCAUACUGGUGGACGCCUCGGAAAGCUUCGCCGAUGCCUUAGCUUUGAUAGGCUCUCUGGAUUACGAAACGACGCGAGUCAACUGCAACAGGGACAACACGUUAUUGACUUCAGAGCCAAAAGUUGUGAAUAAUCUUAAAAAGGAAUUCGACAGGAUCUGGAACGAAACACCAGAAACGAAUGGCGAGCAAGUGAAUGGAUGAACAGUGAACCGAGCCCAGCUAUUAAAGUAAUGGAAAAUAUUUG